AUGACUUCCUCCACUACAUUUUCGACCCUCUCCUUUGUCCUUUCCCUUGUUCUCUUUAUCACAUUUCUUUUCUAUCGCGCCAACAAGAACGCUAGACACCAUCUCCCUCCAGGGCCCAAAGGCCUCCCAUUCAUCGGAAAUGUCCUCCAAAUGCCCUCGAGCAACCAGGUUGAGGCCUUCAAGGCAUGGGCCAACGAGUAUGGGGAUCUCGUCUACGUCCAAAUUUUUGGACAGCCGAUGGUCAUCCUAGACAGCUUGCAAGUCGCGCGUGAUCUUCUCGAUAAAAGGAGCUCCAUCUACUCUGAUCGUCCUCGAUUCGUCCUAUUUUCUGAAUUGAUGGGCUGGCAUAGUGCUUCGACACAUGUACGAUAUGGGCCACGAUUUAGGAAACAUCGCCGCUUCAUGAAUCAGAUAUUCAAUUCUAGAGCCAUUUCCGCCUUUCGCCCUCUACAACACAAGGAAACGUUGACAGCCAUGGAAGGCCUGCUGAAUUCUCCCGACUCGUUUGUCGACCACUUUAGGCGCUUUGCGGCAUCCACGAUCCUUAAGAUCACAUAUGGUCACGAAGUGCAUUCAGCGGACGAUCGAUUCGUGCAGUUAGCUGAACGCGCCGCGACCAUGACAGUGCAGUCUGGAUCUCCCGCCGCUACCCUGGUCGAUUUCUUUCCAGUGAUGAGACAUAUUCCCACUUGGGCGCCAUUCUCGUCGUUCAAGCGGAAAGCCUUGGAGACCAGGAAAGCUGUCGAAGACAUGAUGGAGAUCCCCUUCCAGCUUGUCAAGCAAGAGAUGAAAUCAGGGGUUGCUAUCCCAUCAUAUACUUCCUCAUUACUCGAAUCCCGCCGAAACCCUGAGGAUGGUUCAGUGGAUGCCGAAGACGAAGAGGAUAUAAAAGGUUCAGCCGGUACUCUUUAUGCUGGUGAGAGCUUAUUUUCCGCUUCUCCCAUGAUUACGUCGGCCUUGUUGCACACCUUUGUCUUGGCGAUGGUUCUCCACCCUGAUGUCCUGAAGAAGGUUCAGACUGAACUUGAUCAGGUCGUUGGUAAUCACCGUCUACCUACGUUGGAGGAUCGGCCUUCUCUUCCAUACUUCGAAUGCGUGCUCAAGGAAGUACUUCGAUGGAACCCCCUAGUCCCGCUUGGGAUGCCCCAUCGGCUUAUGGACGACGACUAUUACCGAGAUUACCUGAUUCCCAAGAACUCGACUGUGCUUGUGAACAUUUAUUCUAUUCUUCGUGAUUGUCCGAACUCCGACGCAUUCUACCCUGAACGCUAUCUGGAAGACCCCUCGCUACCUGAUCCUAAAACGAUUAUCUUUGGAUUUGGUCGUCGUGUGUGUCCUGGCCGAUUCUUGGCCGACGCGAGUGUCUUUAUGAUUUUGACAACCAUGGUCACUUUGUUUGACAUUUCCAAGUCCGUUGAUUCCGACGGUCGAGAGAUUGUUCCAGAGGUGGAAUACACCGAAGGAUUUGUUCGCCACCCUAAGCCCUUCAACUGUACCAUUAAGCCCCGCUCCUCCACGGUCGCGAAGUUGAUUAGUCAAGCCAAGAGCGACUCGAUUUGA